AUGUCCCUGGACCAGCAAAUUGCUCUCGCUCGUCCAGCGCGAGGUGAAUCUACGCAUCUUAGCAAAACUGCCCGUCAGGUCGUGGCUCCCUUCCUCCAGAAGCUAUAUGAAAUUGUCAACGAUCCUAGAACAGAUGAACUCAUCCGAUGGUCUGAAAAUGGGGAUUCUUUCUAUGUGCUUAACCAUGAACGACUCGCGCGCGAGGUGCUAGGCCGUUGGUUCAAACACGAGAAAUUUACGUCAUUUGUGCGACAGUUGAACAUGUACGGCUUCCACAAGAUUCCCCAUCUUCAACAGGGCGUUCUCAAAAGCGAUUCUGAUACUGAGUUGUGGAACUUCGAGCAUCCCCACUUCCGUCGUGGGCAACCUGACCUUCUGUGCUUGAUCCAGCGCAAAAAACAGUCAGCCACAGCUAGCACCGAUGAUGCAGACCCCGGCGAACCUUUCAAUACUGCCGCAUCGUUCUCGAAUGCAUCUGGUCAGGUCCUUGACAUCAACUCAAUCGUGAAUGGCGUUGCUGCUAUAAAACGCCAUCAACAAGCUAUAUCCACCGACCUCAAUGCUUUGAAAUCGUCUAACGAUUUGUUAUGGAAGGAGGCGUCCUUGACUCGCCAGCGAUAUGACAAGCACCAGGACACAAUCAAUCGUAUACUCAAGUUUCUAGCGGGCGUCUUCGGCCACACCACGGAGGGCAUUCAUAAAAACGAUGACAGUCGUUCUCCAAGUGUUGUUCCGCGUCCGCGUCAGAGGCUCAUGAUCAGUGAUGGCAGGUCGUCGAAAGGGAAAACAGUGGAGAUCGCCGACGUCGAUGACGAUGAUAAUGGGGAUGCGGUUCAUACAGUACCCCCGCAAGAGAGUACACAUAUACCACUCGUCGGACAACUCUCUACCGUCGAGUCCCCAUUGCUAUCGCCAGCGCCUUCCGUGGUGCCCUCAGAAACCUUUGCUGUUACUGACGCCGAUGCCGCCUCUCCUCUGACCGAUUAUUCUGCUCGUCCCCCGAUGGAACCCGCUGAAGUUUUGUCAAGGACAAACGCAGCCUCUGACCACGUCUCCGCAGCAGAAGUGUCUCCGCGCGCUGGACCCCCUUCAACAAUACCUCGAGUCGACACUUCUAUUUCACCGUCUCACCCAUUUUCUUUAGCGGAUUCCAGUCAUCCGGAUAGUGCGUGGCAGGCAGCCAUACAGCAGGUCCUCAGUAAUCCUGUUCAAAUGCAGCGAUUGAUGCAGGCUAUUGCUACCCAACAAAAUUUCUCUGUGCCUCCGCCCGAAUCUACCGCCUCGCAUGAUCAUACAUCUAUGGGCCAGCUUGCCCCCUAUAACUCUGCGUAUGAUUUUAACCGCUUUCAGUCUACUCUGCCCGUCUCUUCUUCAAUGCCUCCGCAAUCAUUCCCCGUUCUCAGUGCAGCAAAUGACAUGCCGUCGCUCGAGCCGUUUAUUGAGAAUGCCUCGCGGUUGGAGAAAACACGCCGCGAUACAAUGGCUAUCGAGGCGGAGAUGGAUACAUUGCAGUCAAGCAUCAAUAUGCUCAUUCGUGAUUUGGGGAUGGAUCCGAGUACUCUUCACGUGCCUGGGCACGAUGGCACUGCCGAGGCCAACCAAGUUUCUGAUGGUAGGAUACAGAUGGAUGAGCUGCAUUCGGACGGAAUCCACCCUAGUUCGUCCAUAUUGCCCCCUCUUGAUUCGCAAGGAGAUUCGAAUCCAGAUACUUUGUUUCUCGAAUCGUGGUUAAACGGGAUGUCCUCAAACGAUCCGACCAUUGACUAUACGGAUGUCACUGAUCACUUCGAUCCCUCUGCGAGAAUAGAUGGCAUUGCCGUUGGCGAUGCAUCGACUGAACAGCUCACUGCUAUCCUUGACGAGGUCUCUGAAACCACGGCUUCGCCCCACACACACUCUCCCGAACUCCGUCCUGUCCCUCAAAAGCGUAAAUCCGAUGUCGCUGGCUUUUCAUUACCAAAUAUCAAUGAGGUCGAUUCAGUGACCGCCCCUGGACCGAAGACGAAGCGCAAGCGAUAA